AUGAACAUGGGAAACUACUUGAAAGAAGAACUGAAUAGAAGAAUGAGAGCAGCAUGGGUAGCAUUCGCAGCCGUCAGGGAAGCUACGGACCAACUGACGGACCAAGAUCUUCGUUCCCAUCUGUUCGACUCGACAGUUCUUUCAGCGCUCUGUUACGCAGGUGAGACGUGGGCAGACAGCGCUGCCACGUCCAGGAAGCUACUUACUACCCACAGAGCCCUUCAGAGAUGUCUCCUGAAGUUUAACCGGCGCACACAACACCUUGCCGGUCUUCGUAGCUCCAACUUAAGAAGAGUGUCCCGUCUUCGCGACCCAGCGAAAUAUGUAUCGAAAGCAAAACAUAGAUGGGCCGGUCACAUCAUGAGAAGAAUCGACUAUAGAUGGACUAAAAGAACGCUAGAGUGGAUCCCAAGAGAUGCUAAACGCCCUCGAGGGAGACCGCCAACGAGAUGGGGUGACGUGUUCGCUACACGGAUGGACCAGCUGAGAGCUCAGCUGGAUACGGCUCAAGGACGUCGUCAACGUCACUCACGAAACUUGAGAACAUCUUGGAUGACAAUGGCGAGGGAACGAAACGAGUGGAAGAAAUGCUGGGGCCCGCACGUCCAGUGA